UUCUUUCUUUUACCCCUUCCCACCACUCUCUGCAAUUUUCAUCAUAUUCUCUCUCCUCUUUUUUUCCCCCUUCACCAUGAUCACCCCAUAAUUACCUCCAUUUCCAUCAUCUUCAUCUUCAUCUUCAACCCUAAAUUUCUCACUCUCUCUCCUCCAUCAAUCCGCCAUGGAUCCAAAUCCAACGAACUUCCCAAUCCUCUCCUAUGUCAUGUCCCGUCUUCCCGCUUCCAUCUCCUCCAUCCGUUCUCCCACUGCGCGCGCGCACGACAUUGAAGAACCUCCAAUUUCAUCGCCAUCAUCAUCUUCUUCAUCUGCUCCUUUUUUCCAGGAUCCUCUCGUUGAGCGUAUGCCGCACCUUAAAGAUCCUAAGGUGAUGUCCGCCAUGGCUGAAGCUGUUUCUGAGAUCUCUCAAACUCGUUCGAUUCUUCAAGCUCUCGGUGAACGUCCCGAUCAUGAAGCGAUUGAUAUCGCGAAAUCGAAAGUUGCUGAAAUUGAAAGUGUUUUGUCUUCUCAACUUGAGGAGAUCGCUCUCUCUCCUCGACGUGCUGAUGUUGAUAAGGAGAGAGAAAAUGCGGAGAGAGAGAAGAUGAUGUAUAAGGCUGUGAUUCAACUUGAUGAGAUGCAUGAUGCGUAUGAGAAGUUGUUGAGGAGUUCGGAGGAGAAACUUAUGAAGAUUUAUGAUUCUGCUGUUAGAGAAAAGGAAGAAGGUGAUGAGGAUGAUGAAGAGGAGAAUCAGGUUGUUGAUGAGGUUAAUGAGGAAGUUGUUGCGAUUUUGAAGGAUGAGAAUAUUGAUAAGGUUGAUUUGACUGGGAGGAAAUUGAGGAUUCUUCCUGAAGCGUUUGGGAAACUUCGUCAUCUUCUUGUUCUUAAUUUGUCCAGCAAUCAAUUCCAGUCCCUUCCUGACUCUAUAGCUGGACUGGAAAUUCUUGAAGAUUUAAAUUUGUCCUCCAAUUCUCUGCAAUCACUGCCAGACUCCAUUGGUCUGCUGCUUAAAUUGAAGAUCCUCAAUGUUUCUGGCAACAAGCUAACUGCCCUUCCUGACAGCAUCAGCCACUGCAAGUCACUGGUGGAGUUAGAUGCGAGUUUCAAUAACCUCGCAUAUUUGCCAACUAACAUAGGUUAUGAGAUGGUGAACUUGAGAAAACUUUCAGUUCAAUACAACAAGAUCCGCUCUCUUCCCACUUCUGUCGGAGAGAUGAAAUCUCUGCAAAACCUGGACGUGCACUUCAAUGAGCUUCAUGGCCUUCCUGCCACCAUUGGCAAAUUGACUAAUCUUUUGACCCUGAAUCUGAGUGGUAAUUUCAGUGAUUUGAAGGAGUUGCCUCUGACAUUUGGCGAAUUAAUAAAUCUCGAAGAACUUGACCUUAGCAACAACCAGAUUCAUGCAUUGCCAGAUUCAUUUGGUAAGCUAGAGAAGUUGGUGAAACUCAAUUUGGAACAAAACCCUAUUGUCAUUCCACCCAUUGAGGUUGUGAAAGAUGGAGUCGAAACAGUGAAGAUUUACAUGGCUAAGAGAUGGGCUGAUCUCCUGUUGGAGGAAGAAGAAAGGAGCAAGCAAGAGACGGAGGAAGUACAAGAUAAUGGAUGGUUAAAACGAAGUGUUUCUAAGCUGAAUGACGUCGUUACAAAAGCCUCUGAAUAUCUAGGAUCUCCUCGAAGUCCUCGAGACCCUUGCCUUGACCAGCAGCUAUGAUCGUUAACAACUAACGAUUCUCCUUUUCCUUCUUUCUGUUCUCUUUUACGAACAUUGCUGGUUUGUGCAACUAUACAAGCACCCUGCACCUUUCCCUCCCAGUGCUUUUUGUUUGUUCCAGCUUGUUAUGGUCAGCAAGUCCUUCAUAAGGUUCUCUGUUUGCUAUGAUUGAACCCUUUGAUUUGCUCACUGAGUUUUGCAGAUAAAGUGUAGGAGAACAAUUUUUAGUGUGUAAUAAGUACGAAAAUUGAAGCGUGCUUAGUCUUGGCUGUUAAUUUUAGAACAGUUCUUUCCUUUUCUUCUAGAUUUUUGCUCAGAUUUAUUGUAAUCACAAAUGCUAUUUUUAUAAUUAAUAAUCAUAUUACUCCCUCUGCUUUUAUUUA